AAUCGCGUCGCCGUCGAGGUGCCCAAACGUCGUCGCGGACGACUUGCGCGCGCGCGAGCGCGACCGACCCACCGAGUGAGCGCGCCGUUGCCACUUACAUAAGCAGCGGACCGCGCCGCGCCGCCCCGUCCCGCGCUCGCGCGGCGACGCGCCGCCGAGCGGCCAUGGUCUUCUUCUACAAGACGGACCUCAUCUACGAGAUGCUGCUGCACCCGCAGUUCUUCGGCGGGCGCAUGAAGUCCUUCAUCAAGGACGAGAUCAUGAAGAACGUCGAGGGCAAGUGCCUCGGGCGCGAGGGCUACGUCGUCGCGGUGCUCGACGUCAAGGACGACGACGUCGACACCGGCAUCGUCGACUACGACACGGGCUGCGUGAGCGUGAACGCGCGCUACAGCGCCAUCCUGCUGCGGCCCUUCAAGAACGAGGUGCUCGACGCCGUCGUGACGCACGUCAACGAGCUCGGCUUCUUCACGGAGGCGGGGCCGUUGACGGUCUUCGUGAGCCGGCACGCGAUGCCGCCGGACCUCCAGGAGGGCUACGACGCGGACGUCGACUCCUGGGUGUCCGACGACAAGGAGGUCGAGAUCAAGACCAAGUGCGUCGUGCGCCUGCGGCUCCUCGGCGUCAUGUGCGACGCGACGCAGAUCACCGCCGUGGGCACGAUCAAGGACGACUACCUCGGCCUCAUCUCCAUGGGGUUCUAAGCGCGAAAACGUC